UAAUGUUUGAAAUGAAGACUAUUUUCUGUCGACUGUCGUCGACUGGUCUCUUCUUUUGGUGACUAAUUUGAUAAAAAUGCCUCGUGCUAGGAGUGAAGGUCAGCAUCAUUCACAUCAUCAGGAAAGGAGAGAUGAUAGGAGAUCAUAUCAUGACAGACAUGAGAGUAAAAGAGAAAGGAGUUCAUAUUCACAUUCUUCAAGAGAUGAUCACAGCAAACAGCAUUCUUAUCAUAGGCAUAGAUCUGACUCCAGUAAGUCUCAUUAUGGUGACUCUAGGCAUGGGCAUAAAGACAGACUAAAAACUAAGGAGUCUUUGAGGGACAGUCCAGAGCGCCGUCAUGAAAGGAGACAUGGCCGAGCUUCAGAGCUACAGAAGCCAUCUUGGAAUUACUAUGGUUACACAUCAGAUGAUCUUAAGGAUGCGGAAACACUUCACAAGGACAGAGACACAACAGAAACCUCAACAGGUGCACAUGCAUCAGUUUCAAUCCCAGGCAGUUCAUCAAAACCGACUAAAGAACAUCAAGAUCUUACUCAGAAGGUGAAGCAUGCAGAGAAACAAAGAUCGAAGGAGCAAUUAAAGUCAGAAAUGGAGACCUCUUCAACUUCAGGGUUAUUUGACUGGGAUUCUCAUCGCUAUGAGCUUGAUAAACUCUUCUUUGAUGAUGAUGGUGUCUUUAAAAGGGGGAGUUCUGAUUAUGCUGACUUUUGGUCCUUUUUUGAGCGGUACCAGUCAUUUCAGAGCAAGAAGCUAACAGGUGGGCAGAAAGCGAAACAAGCAGAAGUUGACAAGCAUACCAAGACCGGGAAGCUGAAACUCCCUCGGACUUAUGACAAGAGACACCGCAUCAACGUGGAUCUAACUGUCCCUAGCAAACACACUUUGAAAUCAUACAGUCAUGUAGCAGCAAGUGGAGAAGAAAGAGAUGAGUUGACAUCAGAGAGAGUGUUAGAAUUCAAGAAGGUUCUUUUGCUUUACUUGGAUUUCAAUCAGAAACAACAGUUCAACAAGGUGGUGAAGCUUCGUAAGGAUCAGUCUAAUCUCCCUAUAGCAAGGUACAAAGAAACCAUAGUGGAAGCUGUUAGAAAGAACAGUGUUGUUAUCGUUGCAGGAGAUACAGGUUGCGGCAAAUCUACACAGGUACCUCAGUAUCUGAUGAGUGCAGGAUUUGACUCAGUUGCUGUGACACAACCAAGACGUAUUGCUUGCAUCUCAUUGGCUAAAAGGGUCGGAUAUGAAACACUUCACGAGUAUGGCUCUCAGGUUGGAUACCAAAUCAGGUUUGAGACAACCAAGACACAGGCCACAAAACUUCUUUUUCUUACUGAAGGUCUCCUUUUACGUCAACUCCAGCUUGAUCCAGUUCUCUCCCAGUACAAUGUCCUCAUCUUGGAUGAAGUUCAUGAACGUCAUCUCCAUGGUGAUUUCCUCCUUGGUGUCCUCCGGUGUAUGAUGGAGCAAAGGGAUGAUCUCAAGCUGGUUCUUAUGUCAGCAACCAUCAACAUCAAUCUAUUCUCAAAUUACUUCAAGGAUGCCCCAGUCAUUCAGGUUCCAGGACGGCUGUAUCCUAUUCAGGUGGAGUAUGUACCUAUUAAUGAAUCAGAGCAGAGCAGCAAGUCAGAAAGACUGGAUCCCAGACCCUAUCUCCGCAUUAUGCAGCGUAUAGACCACAAAUAUCCUGACACUGAGAGAGGAGAUUUACUAGUCUUUCUAAGUGGUAUGUCAGAGAUCAGCAGUGUAGUAGAAGCAGCCAGAAUGUAUGCAAGUCAAACAAAGAGAUGGAUUGUCCUUCCACUUCACAGCUCACUCUCAGUCGCUGAACAAGAUAAGGCCUUUGAUAUAGCACCUGAGGGAGUGAGGAAAUGCAUUGUAUCAACAAAUAUUGCAGAGACUUCUGUCACAAUCGAUGGAGUAAGAUUUAUUGUGGAUUCAGGAAAGGUGAAAGAGAUGAAUUAUAACUCACAGGCUAAGAUGCAGCAGCUUCAGGAGUUUUGGAUCAGUCGAGCUAGCUCAGAGCAGCGGAAAGGAAGAGCAGGACGUACUGGUCCUGGUGUGUGUUUCCGGCUGUAUGCAAAGUCUGACUAUGAUGCUUUCCAGGCCUACUCCACACCAGAAAUACAAAGGGUUCCUCUAGACUCGCUACUACUUCAGAUGGUUGCUCUAGGUCUUAAAAACCCCAGAGAGUUUCCUUUCAUCGAGGCCCCUCCUGCCUCCAGCAUAGAGAACUCUACCAUGUUUUUGAAGGAGCAAGGAGCCUUAUCUGAGAAGGAGACACUUACUCCUGUUGGUCGUAUGCUAUCUCAGCUCCCUGUUGAUGUUGUCAUUGGCAAAAUGCUUAUCAUGGGUACUAUCUUCAAGAUGAUUGACCCUGUGCUUUCAAUAGCAGCUGCUCUCAGUGUACAAUCUCCCUUCACAAGUAGAGCUCAUAGAGAUCAUGAUGCAAUGAGUGCAAGAAAAUCCCUUGAGUCAGAACAUGGAGAUCCUUUUACAUUACUCAAUGCAUAUGAUGAAUGGAUACAGAUGAAAGCAUCCGGAGGUUCAUCAUCUCGUAAGUGGUGUAAAAGAAGAGGAUUGGAGGAACAGAGGUUCUAUGAAAUGUCUAAACUCAAGAAACAAUUCAAAGAAUUAUUGGAUACCAACAAUCUUCUUGGUGUCAAAGAUGAGAAACGUGAAUUCUCCAGUCUCGAGAGACAAUCUAGGAAUCGAGAGAGAAAGAGAUUAAAAGAGUUGAAGAGGAAGACACAGAAUGCUACAAAAAGAAGGAAAUUACUGAAACUUGAACAUGAGGAUGUUGAUGUGAGUGAUGAAGAUGAAGAGAGUGAUGAUGAUGCUUCCAAGCUUGCAGAUAUCCAAUUCAAACUUUCUCAUGAUGUCACAGAAAUGGAGGCCAAGUCUAACAUGAAUCGCAGUCUUCUGAACCGUGAGAUCAAUCUUCUGAAGGUGAUACUGUGCUCUGGACUAUAUCCUCAAUUGGCUAUUGCUGAUGACUGUAACUCGUACAGAAAGGAAUCCGAUCAGGUCUUCCAUACAAAGGCCAAGCCAUUUGUUGUACUCCACCCCACUGGAAUAUUCGCAAACAACCCUGAUUUACUGGAACCUCCAGAUGGGGAUACGCUACCAGAAGAAACAACCGGGAAGAGAGGAGUGUUGAGUGCUAAACAUCAACUCCUAUCCUAUGUGUCUUUAUUAGAAACCAACAAGCCUUACUUGAUGAAUACAAUGAGAGUACCUGCAUUGCAAACCAUGUUACUCUAUGCCAGGAGUCUGGAUACGAACCAGCAUUGUACAAGGCUGAUUGUAGAUGAAUGGCUAGAGUUCUGCUUUGCUGAUUCCCAGGCUGCAGAAGACAUUCUUCCAGUCGUCCUUCAUCUUAGAGCUACCUGGAUGAAAGUUCUGGAAAUGAGGUUAAAAGAAUCUCAAUUGACCAACAAUUUUGGUGCAACAAAUUUGAAGGUCAUUCACCUUGAGCGUCUGUUAGCGAGGAAGCUGGCCGAAUAUCUGUCCAGUCACGUUGAAUACACAAUGAGAAAGCUCAGUGGAACUGAUUUCCAACAUCUCUAUAUUGGACCAUCAGGUGAUGUGAUUAAGAGUUCUGAUGAUGAAUUUUUCAGUACAUUCAGCAAAGAUUCAGAACCUCAUCCAACCAAAGGAGGAUGGAAAGUAACUGACUUCAUGACUUAUGGCUGUUUGAUAGAGGAUGCAUCAAACCUUGAUAGCAGCUAUACAUCGGUGCUAAGGAAACAUUGGACAUGCCCAACGUGUGAACGAGGUCUAGUUGUGACUUUGAUGGAGCGGUUGCAACAUGAAGCAGACUGCUCUGCUGGUAUUGUUGAAGAUUCCACCAAGUCAGUUGAGCUUGGUUCCUCAUCAAGUACACAAAAGCAAGGAAUGGAAUCUUUAAGAAGGCUGUAUGAAUGUUCCAUGUGUAAGGAGACAUUUUCAUUCACAUCCUCUGAAAUCAUCAAACACAAGAGGGCUCAUCUCAAAGAAAAAUCGGGGAAGCCAGACUGAAAAUGCCAUCUGUGCUCUUGAAGUGUUUUACUUCCAAUAAUAAUAGAAGCUGGAUUUACAUGGCACCUUUUCCAGAGGAUAGCCAACUAUCAUUAUCCUGGCUUUAGCUGGAGCUGUCGCUUCAUCAAUGACACUCGGUGCAUUCAAGGAAUAAAUCCUGCCGGGCAAACAUUCAACUCACCCGGGUUGAGUGGAACACAAUUUGAAGAAGUUACUUGCUGAAGACAAACAUGCCCUGCCUUUUAGUAUGUGGUAUCAAGGAACGAGUCUACAUUAGUCUGGUAGGAGCGAUGCCACGUCAGUACUAAAAUAUUUUUCUGAAUUAUUGUUACUUGGGGAGACCUCUGCAAGAACAUCUGUAUGGAGCAUUAUUGUUCUCAACCGUUAUGAAUUCUGGCACCAUACAAGAUAUUUGUCUCUAUCUUCCUUAUCAUUAUAAUUAUCAUCACCAUUACCAUGCUCGUAAUUGUCAUCUAUAUCAACAUUCCACUAUCAUCACUAACAUCAUCUAUUUUCAUCAUCAUCAUAAUAAUCAUCACCAUCAUCAUCUAUCAUCAUAAUCAUCAUUACCACCAUCAUCAUAUCAUUACUGCACCAAGAUUAGUUUACCUCUGUAUCCAAUUUGAAAAAAAUUUUGUUGAAUGAUUUUAAUUCCUGAAAUUAUUUAAGUGUAUAGCUGAUGCGAUUGCACUAUAAAGAUGAUUGCAACAAGUUACCAAGCGUAUCUUGGUCCAAAUAACAAUCGCAGGCCAGCGCAUACAUUAAUACAGCUCUUCAAUAUGCUGCAUCUCCAUGGCACCUCUUAGGCAUAUGUUAUCUGCUCUGCAGCAGCCCAACAAAUUGGUCAUGAUGCCAUUUUCUAAACAAAGGUUGAAAUUAUCAAAAUCGUAUAAGAUUUGACAUGUCAAAUGUCAAAUUGAAUCGCAGUUGCAACGUGUUGCAGGUUGGCGCACACUGUGAUUUGUUGCAGUCGGAUCUUAGUUCAAUCGUGUCAGUGUGCGCUGUGCUUCACAUUACAAGUAGUUACAAAACAUGUCCA